GUUGCCAUUCGCCAGCGCCGUGGACCAAAGCAAAUCCGAGGAGAGGAGACCGAGGAAUCUUGGAACGUGCGCACGCCGAUCGAUCGGGCCCGAAGCCGCCGCCGUUGGUGCAAGAUCCCCGUCCCGGGCAGAAUCCAGCUUAGAUCCCCGCACGCCUCACGGAGUCACGGGCGGCGCGUGAGGCGCGUCCCCGGCCGCCGCCCGCUCGAUAAAGCAACCCGCGCGAGGUGAUCUUUGGCAGGGAGGAAGGGAAGGGAAGGGGAGGGGAGGUGAGUGGAGCUGAGAGCUAUGGCGGAGCUGGAGGACGGGAGUAGGAGGAGGAGGGAGGCGGCGCAGGUGGUGGCGUUGGAGUGCGUGGCGGGGAGCUCCAAGGCUGAGGAAUGGGGUGGCGGCGGGAGCGUGGUGCAGGAGGGGGACGUGGUGGAGGCCGUCCGCGUGGGGCGCGGCUCCGGUGGCGGGGCGGGUUCGGGCGCGGCGCUGGAGCUCGAGGCACCGUUCAAGGGCGGGCGCGCCGGGCUGCACAAGGCGCUGCACGCGGCGUUCAAGCGCGGGGACACCUCCGUCGAGGUGCGCGUCCGGGGAGGCAGGGAGCUGCAGGCCUGCAUCGUGCCGCACCAUGCCGGCGCUGGCGGCGCCGGCGGAGGUGGAGGUGGGGGCAGGAAGCAGUACGUGCUGCGGUCGCUGCACGACCCCAACUACGCGCUCGGCUUCGUCGACCGCCUCGAGAGCGAGUGCCUCAUCUUGGAAGGUACGAGGAGCACAAGAGUUGCAUCAGCACUGAGCAAGGCACAACUCCAGGAUGGGUACGUCGCGUACCCAUGGGAGAAGAAAAUGCGCGACACAUUGCGCACGCCCAACUCCAGCUGCUACCUCUCGAUGCUCGUCCUUCCCAAGGCUCUGGACUCCAAUGCUUGUCGCUACGAGUCCUUCGAGGAUACCCUAGCGCGUGCCAGUGCAUGGCUCUACUCUUCGCAGGCCUCAGGGGUCCCCAUUCAUUUCAUGAAUGUGCAGAGUGAAGCUCUUCUCACCAAGAUAUCUGGGGAGACAGCGUCUGCAACAGUCAAUUCAGGGUCAUUGUCUGAUUUGUCUAAUGUCACUAAUGCGACGCUCUACGGUUUCGAGGACUACCACGGGGUGGACAUUGGUGUGGUAAAGGCAGCCCGGCUUUGGUACAGUUCCAUAGCAGGAGAAUUGCUGCUGGAGAUCCCACUUGAAGAAGGUGACACGAGACUUGGCUUUGCCAUCAGCCGAACUGAAGAGGGUUUUAUCUUCAUAUCUUCAGUGGUCGACAACGACAAGGAAAGUGAAGCACCAUCAACACGGUCAGGGCUCCGUGAUCUAUUCAACCGGGCCAAAGAGGCGUCAAAGUUGCUGGUCAUCUCAAGGGUGUCCAAUGAGAAGGUCCUCCCAUGGAUAAUCUCCAGCUCAGGGGCAGUCCGUUGCUUCGACACCAUCUCCCUCAGCCAAAAGCUCUCCUUGCACCGCCUUGCGGUGCGCCCCAUCCAGCUGCAUCUGCUUGCGUGGGAGAAACCUACUGGUCCAGCUGAGCAGAUAAUCCGUUCUCCAAAACUGCCCCCACCUUCAAUGCUCCCUCAGCUACACCAAAACCUCAUCGAGAGCAUUGAGUCUAGAGUAGAUGUUGAAGAGGACUAUGUGGGGGAUCUGUCGUUUCGGCUCGAUGACCUCUCAUUUGAGAGCAGCUGGGUGUGAUUCCAAUUUUCAGUUUUGUCAUCCUGAAACCUAAUGUGCAUAUGUAUGUUUUGAUUUUAUCUAUUUCUCAUGGGCGGUAUGCCCAGUUUUGUGAUACAGAAGUGUAGAUGCCUGCCUAGAAAUGUUCAGAACCUUUGUAGGUUUCUGACAGGGAAGAGGCUUUCAUAACAUAUGAACAUUUAUGUUGUGAUGCAAUAUUUUUAUUAAUCAUAGCAUAACAAUGGAAAAUUUAUCAAUCAUUUCCACA